CCUCUUUGUGAGGGUGAGGUUUAUUAUAUAUUUUCCUGUUCUCGUAAAUGGCAGUUUUACAGUUUAAAAAAUAUGACCUUUGACUUGCAACAAGCUAUGACCUGUUAUGUGGAGAAAACACCCUGCCCUAACACUCUGCCCUAGCUAUGAUAAGGAGAGGCUAUUUGUAUAUUUAUGUAAAUUAUGAAUGAAGUUUUUUUAAAUUGCAAUGAUUCUAUAUCUUCAAGAAAGUUAUUGGUAGUAAUUUUUUUUUCAUAAGAAACUUUUCUUAAUUUUAGAAUGAAUGUUUAUAUUUAUACAAAUGAAAGUAAAUGAUGAAUACAAUAUGCUAGGUAAAGCAUGGAGUUAUCACAAAGUGAAAUACAUUCCGAACUUGUACAAGCUUGCAUGACAGGUGAUUUGAAAAAUAUUCUCAAUCUUCUCUACUACUAUAAAGAAAGCGUAGAGAAGCUUAUAAAGGGUGAUGUUGCAUUUACGUACAAAACAAAAUAUGGGGCCUACAAACCUGGAGAAUAUUUGUAUCUUGCUUGUGAAAACAAUCAUCCUCCACUUGUUGAACAUUUGCUAAAACUUGGUGCAGAUCCUAUGCAAACGCACAACUCUAUGAUGACUCCUUUGUUAGUUGCAUGUCAGAAGGGAAAUCUAGAGGUGCUCAAACUGCUUCACUCCCAUGGAGUAGAGCUUCAUCCAGAGGAAGUAUUUUUUAAGGAUUCCCCAAUAUACCAUUGUUGUAGGCAUGGUCAAGUCAACAUUCUGGAGUUUAUCAUUGAAAACGUGCCCGGUGUACUAAUGAAAACAACACACGGUGGAAUUGGAACAAGCCCUGGUCAUGAGUAUGCUGAUAUAUGGGCUGGACUUUCUAAAAUUGCAAAAUCUGAAGGUGGUUUUGUUGUAGGAAAUUUACUCCUUUAUGUUGGUUGCAUACAAAAACAUGUAAAUGUUGUCAAGUGUUUGGUUAAUAAAGGCAUAGCUGUGCAUGACAUAUUGCCUGGAAAUACUUUCUAUUCUGCACUCCAAAGUCCAUUGUCUGCUGCUUGUCGUAACAAGGACCUUGAAUUGGCAAAGUACCUUUUGGAACAAAAGGCAGAAAUAACAUCUUCAAUAGCAAAUCAAUACCCAGAAUUCACUGCUACUUUGUUAGAAAGAAAUGUUAAAAAGUAUCGAAGGUCAUACAGCAUCUCUGCAGUGUCUGCUAAACAUGAAACACUAGUAGAAAAUCCAUUAUCCAUUUACUGGGAUUCAAUUGGAUUGCAUAAAAUACACCGACACUGGCUCGAAAGUAAUGCAAAUUGCAUAUGCUUCAUUGAUAUUCAUGAAAACAAGAUUACAGAUUUGCCCAUGGAUUUUUUUGAACUAUUACCAAACUUGGAGGAUUUGGAUUUAUCUUGUAAUGAGCUAAAUAACAUUCCUAGCCAAGGGCUGGAAAAUGCAAAAUUAACAAGAAUCUUGGUAUGCAAGAACAAAUUAAAGAAGGUCCCCAUAAAUCUGUUUUUAAAUAAGCAUGUCAACACAAUUGAUUUGUCUCAAAAUCUGUUGCAAUACUUACCACCGGAGCCAGUGACAAAUAAUGGACUAACUGCUUUAGAUGAACAAUGGGAAUGUGUUUCAUUGACAUUGUUGAAAUGUUCCAAUAACGCGUUACAAAGCAUUCCACCAGCAAUAAGUGGUGCGAUUGGUUUGAGAAAGCUAAUACUCUCAAAUAACAUGCUGUCUAGUUUCAGUGUAAAUUGGAAGUGUCCCUUGAAUGAACUGGAUCUUACACACAACCAACUCACAGAAUUCACCUGUUUAUCACAGAUAGUUUGGUCUAAAACUUUACUGAGAUUAAAUCUCGGACAUAACAAUUUGAGAGCAUUAUCAUCAAAUAUAUGUCAUCUUCAGUCACUGCAACAUUUAGACAUGAGUCAUAAUGCUUUGAAAACACUACCUCCUCCAGGAAAUUGGAGAUGUAAAGUUUUAAAUAAGUUGAACUUAUCACACAACAUGCUUACAGCUAGUUGUGGACCAGAGGGAUUUGUUGCAGUAGAUAAAAAGAAAGUGGCUGAUAGCAUCAGUGGCUCUAUUCAAGCCGCCUUUAAUACAAACUGUGAAUUUCCUGUCGCCUUGCUAUCGUAUUGUCUACAAGUACUGGACUUAAGUUAUAACCAAUUGGAGCAUAUUCCGGAUUCCAUUUGUUGCUUGACAAGUUUAUGUGAACUUGACUUAAGCCACAAUGCUGCGCUUCGCCAAUUACCAGCUGAACUUGGAAAUUUAAAGAAUAUAUGGAAUCUAAGGUUAACAAACCUGAACAUUACCGAUGUUCCUUUUACUUUUGAUGAACGAAACCAUGCAAAAACUGUCUUACCAUAUCUUCGAGUGAAAUUAAGGAAAUCGGUGCCAUUUAAUAGGAUGAAGUUAAUGGUUGUUGGUUUGCAGGGACGAGGGAAAACAACUUUGAUUGCAACUUUGCAAGGUAAAAAGCCCCCACCAAACAUAUCCACUGUUGGGAUAUCAGUUGAGCAGUGGAGUCUGUCGUCACCAUCAAAAUCUGUUGUUGGAACAUUAUUUCGAGAUUCUAAUGAACCUAAAGAUAUAUUAUUCAGUUCUUGGGAUUUAGCUGGUCAGCAUGUCUACUAUGCUACCCAUCAAUGUUUUUUAACUGGUAAAACUUUGUACUUAGCCGUCUUCAAUACAACUCAUGGGCAGGAAGGAAUUGACUCGCUUGGUCCUUGGUUGCUAAAUAUUCAGGCACGUGCUCCAAACUCCCGUGUCAUAGUGGUUGGAACGCAUAUAGAUAGCAUUCCUAAUGCAAACAGAAAGAUGGUACUUGACAGAAUGGAUCAAGAAAUUAGAUAUAAAUACGAUAAGAAGGGGUUUCCAAUUAUUAGUGGUUGUGCCUUUGUGUCUAAUACCACGGGAGAAGGUUUGUCUUACCUGCGUGAAAAAAUUUACUCAGUUGCUGAUCAAAUGAACAAUUCGAAUGAUGGUAUUGGAAAAAUGGCUCCUUUGAGUUACAUCCAGUUAUAUGACAGCAUUGUUAGAGAAACUCAAUAUAGAAAAGAGAUGGAACUACCUCCAGUUUUAACCAUGGAUGAAAUGUUAAUACUGGCUCAGGCUAAUCCUAACAACGAUAUUUUUGAUGUGGAGGAGCUUAUCAUAGCGGCUAAGUUUCUUCACGAAAAUGGCAUCUUGCUCCAUUUCAACGACCAUUUACGAGAACUGAACACGCUGUUUUUUAUUGAUCCUUCGUGGCUUUGUGACAUGCUUUCUCUGGUGGUGACUGUUCGACAAAUAAAUCCGUUUAUUGUUGGUGGAUAUAUUAAAAAACGGGAUUUAAUGGUUAUCUUCUUGAAAAAUCCAAGAUUGCCAGAACAGUACAUUCCCCAGUACUUUAGACUGUUGGAAAGGUUUGAGAUCGCACUGUGUCUGGAUGACGAAACUUUUUUAAUACCAGCAAUGUUACCAAAGGAACGACCUGGAUUAGCUAUGGAAAAAGAAAUGGCAAAAUAUUCUAACCCUGAGAAAGGUUUAGAUCUGGUUAAUGAGAAAACCAAUGAUCAUAUCAAUCGCAACUAUCAUAUGAAUUAUAUUCCAUCUGGAUUUUGGAGUCGCUUAAUUGCUCGUAUUAUCAUAGCUGUACAUAAAUGGGGGAUGAUUUUACAAGCAGACAACAAUGAUGCGAAGUUGGAGAAACUAAAUGUUACAAAUGAGUACUCUCUUCUUUUUUGGAGAGAAGGAAUUCUUGUUUUGUAUGAAGACGGAUAUUUUUUGGUCGAAUCGUUUUGUGAUGAGAUGGAGUAUGAGCACUACAGUAAUGAAGGCGUUGCCAUCUCCGUUUGGUCAAGAGAACAAGACUUUUCUGUUAUGGGCUUUAUCGUCGACCACUUAGAUAUGCUCAUUACCGAAUGGUACCCAGGACUUGAAGAUGUAGACGAAUAUGGCUGCGCUUUGAUUCAAAAGUUAAUUCCAUGUCCUGUAUGUAAAUUUGCUCGACAACAGACACUAGAGAAUUUUCAUGGUUUAGCUGGAAACUUGAAAGAGAAUUAUGCAUCGUUUUUUCGGGAACCGAAAUACGUUAAUCAAUUUGAUCUCCAGGUGUGCGCGUUGGCCGCAACAAGCUUCAAAGCAAUCAGUUGCACAAGACAUGCUUCAGAACCAGUGAAGCUGCGGCUAGUAGUACCAGACCUGCUGUUAACAGACCUUCCUAGUCACUACGUGAUCAAUCCUGACGAAUUUGAAUUCGAACCAUCUGAACAGACACGCCUUGGUGAGGGAGGAGCAGGAGGUGUGUACCGUGGUUGUUAUCAGGGGAAAGCAAUUGCUGUCAAACAGUUCCAUUCUGCUACGAAAACAAGAUAUUUUAAUGAGUCGUUUCAAGAUGCCAACUCGAAUUGGACCGACAACUCUUCUGAUGUGUUCAUGCCCACGGAUCAAACUAUAGAAGAUCACAUGGAAGAUGGGAAAGUGAUCAGAGCCUUUUGGGACUUACGUCAAGAGGUUGCUGUAUUAUGUCGCUUGCAACAUCCGAAUGUUAUCAACUUCGUUGGUGUUUGCCACACCCCUUUGUGUUUUGCUCUGGAAUUAGCACCCAUGGGGAGUUUGCAAACUAUUUUGGAGAAGUUGCAAAAUGAGAGAGAGGAGAAAUAUCGAGGUGUACCCACGUUUAACAUGUGUGUUGGGUCAGUGCUCAGCAAAGAAAUCACCCACCUGAUAGCACUUCAGGUCGCGCAUGCGUUGUGCUACUUGCACGAAUCAGAAAUUAUAUAUCGUGAUUUGAAAUCUGAUAACGUGCUCGUGUGGUCGUUAAAUCCAGAUGACGAUAUUAACGUUAAAAUUUCAGAUUAUGGAAUUUCAGCGUUUGCAACUCCGCAGGGCGUUAUUGGAGAGGGUGGUACGCCAGGUUUUCAGGCACCUGAAAUUAAAGUAGGCUGUGCGUAUGAUGAAAAAGUUGACAUAUUUUCAUACGGCGUGUGGCUGUAUGAACUGAUAUCUGGAUUUCGACCGUAUCGAGAGUAUCGAACUGCCGCGGAAAUGAAAAAAGCCGUCAGUCGUGGCAUUCGUCCUUCAUUACGCAAAGAUGGCCUAAACCCGAACAUGCCUUAUUUAGAACUUUUAAUGGAGGACUGUUGGCGUGCAAAUCCUGUAGUACGACCUACAUGUACUGAAAUCUUAGCACGCUUAGAAACACCAGAGAUACGUGUACUAGACAAUGUGUUUCCCUCCCUUGAUGGCAGUGACUUAGAAAGUGUCAAAUGUGUAUCGUUAUGGAAGAACCCCGAUGAAGAUGACAGCAACGAUGAAGAAGAAGAGAAAAAAAUACUUCUAUGGUGUGACCAAGAAACGUUUCGAGAAUACAAAAUAAUUGAUGUUUACAAAGAGCGGGUCGUCUUGCAUUCUAUAUGUCCCGGACCACGUGUUCUGUGUACAAUAAAUGUUGGAAAACACGUGUGGCUGGGAACGGAGGGUAGACAAAUUGAAAUAUUUGGUCAAAUCAAUUUAUCUGAUGAGCUGACGUCAGCAAAACCAUCAGUGUUGUGGACUGUACCUGUCAGUGAUCCGGUCAUGCAAAUGGUGACGUACGAAAAACAGGCUGGUUAUGUAUUGAGAGUUUUCGCCUCACUUGCAAAUGGAACACUUUUGGUUUUAAGCAAGAAAGAAGGCGAAGCAGACGAAGAUAAACUUUUGUUUAACGAAGAGAUUGAAGAUAUAAUAUCCAAUAUGAAAGAGAAAUGGUCUGAACCGACUGUAAUUAACCUUGCAACAAAAGGACUUCCAGCUAAAUGCAUGACGUUCACAAGAAACAACACUGAAUUGUGGGUAGGCUCUGGUAACAUGAUCAUCAUAAUUAAUCCCGAUACGUACGAAAUUCUGGAACAGAUUCAAGCUUUGCGCAUGAAGAAACACCAUUUAAUUUCAUGUAUGGCUACUGAUGGAAGUAGCGUAUGGUUGAGUGAUCGAAAGAGUUCCAUUAUCACGCAAUGGGACGUAGAAACCAGGUCUAAGUUGUUGAAAUUGCAAUGUAAUAUGGAAGCUCCGUUAAAGCAGAACUUGGUUCGCCCAGUGGAGUUUAAUGAUGCAAUUUCGUUUGAGGAAUCGUUUUCGGAACAAGUUGAUAUGAGUCCCGUAGUUAGUGCUAACCGUGGUAGCAGCGGUAAUGUCGCUAAUAGCGGCAAUAACGGUGAUAUUGCUGAUAGCGGUAACAUCGCUAACAGCGGUAACAUCGCUAACAGCGGUAACAUCGCUAACAGCGGUAAUAAUGAGCGUGAAGAUGCCGUUGCGCCUCUUGAAAGCCCAGUAGGCGCGACCACUCCCACUUCAAGAAGACCGAGUAGACUGUCGGGUAUAUAUUCUAAAUUUAGAGAUGCUAUAUCGCGAAAAGAUGCGGACACAGUUGAUAACCUUAAGACAAUAUCUAACGCAGUGCCUCUCCCUAGCAAUGUUGAGCCUGGUAAACAACGUUCUUCUUCCAACGCAGCUUCCUUGCAAGCAUAUAAACCGUCGAAUGAAAGCGAAAACACUACGAAGAAAAUAAAGAAGGAGGCAGUUGACUUCACAACACAAUCCUCUAAAUUAUUAACUAAUCUACGAAAAAAACCUUCGUUAAUGGUAUCGAAGAGAAGUUCGAAGCGCAGAAAUUAUGCACCUAGUAAGGAGAUGUUAGAGCAUGAUAUUUCUGACGAAGUGAAAAAUGCUGCUAUAACACGACCACGCGUUUCUGCGUGGUCAGGAACGCUCAACAGAGUCACUGCGAUAUGGUAUUCUAAAGGCGCGUUGUGGGUGGGGCGAGCUUCCGGUGAUAUCUUGGUGAUAAAUAUGAAUGGCAAAAAGUUACUUAACGAAAACAAAGAACUUAUUGAUGAAAUUCGGGCCACGAUAGAGUGUGAUUCCGAACUUGGUGUGGUGAUUGCCAUUUUAGGUGGAACGGUGCGACAACAAGAAAACUGCUCAAAAAUGGUAACCAGCUUUGUGGAGAUGGGUACUUCUAAAUUGGCAUCUGUUCUUAGAAUGGAACCCAGAACAAGUAGAACACAGUCAGUUAGUGUAGCAAUGGGAAGAAGAAGGUCCGUGUCACAUUCUUUCGAUAAGUUUCAAAUCUUUGUAUUCGAAUUGUGGAGUUUGCACGAAUUCAAAAAAUUUAAUGGAAAGAUAACGUCCUUAAAAAAUAUUGAGGAUGAAGAAGAGAAAUAUUAAAAGUAUGUUUAAUAUAAAAAUAGCUAUUAAAGAGAAUUAGUUAAGGAUUAGUUGCUUUUAAAAUCCUUGAUGUUUUGAGGAUCGCAGCACAAGUCAACUUGUCAUUUCUAGUUCUCGCUCUAUCUCUAGUUUUUAAAAGACUGAUUUCCACUAAUCCAGAUUUGACCGGAUUUUGAUCCGCGCAUGCGCAGAAGAGUUUUGUGGGUUUUUUUCAUCCAAAAUGUUCAAAAACAGUUCCAUACUCGAUUCAAAAAAAGGGUUAAUAUUUUUAUGGUCCAAGUUUUGAAUGUAAGUUCGAAAACGAAAAGGAAAGAGUUAAUUUUUGUGAGUAGAAUAUAUUUUUUUAAUGUUUGCCACUUAGAAAUUUUACAUUUUAAAGUAAAAAUGUCAAAGAAUAUUAUCUGUGGUUGAUCAUAUGUGAGAGCAAUGAUAUGUAAGAGCAAUGAUAUGUGAGAGCAAUGAUAUGUGAGAGCAAUGAUAUGUGAGAGCAAUGAUAUGUGAGAGCAAUGAAAUGUGAGAGCAAUGAUAUGUGAGAGCAAUGAUAUGUGAGAGCAAUGGUGAGAGUAAAAAAUUGUGGUAAGGAAAUGAACAUUAGAAAUAUGACUCACGAUUGUGCCUUGUCGUCAUCGUUACCAGAACACUCAAUUGCACCAGUCUGAAAAAACAAAAGGAAAAAGAAAACAGGGGGAUUAAAAAAGGAGAUAAAUGGGAAAUAUUUUUUAAUUUUUUUUUGUUAAAAAUGUUAGCCAGAUAGCUAAACAACAUGAUGAAUACGAUCUUGACAUCUCGCCUGUUCGCCAAUAUCUCAAAAGCAGUAAAAUCAUUCAAGGUUCUUAGUCGGAUUGGUUUUAAACCGUUUCGGAUCCGAUUCGGACUGAUCCAAUUAAAGUGGAAAUCUGUCGUAAAUAUAUUUUUUGGAUUUCACUUUAUUAUAAAUUUAUCUUUUACACUUUUUUUUACUAUAUCUAAAUUUUAUAUAUAAUUUUUUUUUAUGCAAUGUAAAAAUAUGAAGAGAUAAAAUGUUCCUUUUUGGAUUUAGAAUAAUCAACGAAUAACAAAUUGCUAUGUCGCA